CACGCCCCCAGCCUCGGUUGCUAGGGACCCGCCGUGGAGGUGCAGUCAUGCUAGGUCAGGACGAGGGGCUGACCGCCGUGGACAACGUCGUCACCCAAUUCAACACCUACGAAGACUUCUUGGACUCGCAGAUCACCACGGUCGACCUGUACUACCUGGAGGAUGAGAACCUGGCUCGCCAGUUGGUGGAGCUGGGCUACCGAGGAACAGGGGAAAUCGUGAAAAGGGAAGAUUUUGAAGCAAGAAAGGCAGCUAUAAAUAUUGCAAGACUGGCUGAAAGAACACAGAAAAAGGCACUAACAAGUGCUGGCAAGGACCUGCAGGAUAAUUUUUUGAAGGCCCUGGCAAUGAGAGAAGAAGAUAAUCGCAAUGGGAAAGUGAGCACUGUAAUCUUCAUUCGUGAUAAAAAUUCUCAUGGGCAAGAAGUGUCAGGAUAUAUCGACUAUGCCCACAGACUAAAAUCUGAAGAUUUUGAAGUCUACUUUAGUGGGAAAAAGAGACUUCUUCCAAGAACCACAGAUAUUAGCUUUUACAACUGGGAUAGCCAUAUUGCUGUGUGCAAUUCCAGUCCAAAUUAUCAAGUGAUUGCUGACAACCCUGAAGGCUUGCUUUUUGAAUAUAAAAGAGACAAAAAAAUUCUCAAUGUUGACCCAAAGGCUCAUCCAGGUGACAGCUCUACUAGAGUCCCCAUCCAGACAGAACUCUACACGCAUGCUCUUCUCUUUGACCACAUUUUCAGAAGGAAGGUUUAAGCUCUCCAUAGUAAAUGAUUUCCUCGUUGUUUGCUACAUUUAAAUGAAUUCUUUGGUCAGAAACAAAGUGGAAUCAUAAAUGCAUCAUAUAGCUAGAAGGCAAACUAGAAUAAUAAAAGUUAACAAAGAA